GAUAACAACAAUCUUAUGAUAUAAUACUCUCUACUACUUUUUUUAAUUUUUAUUGCUACAAGUGAGUUUAAUGUAUAAAUUUGGUUCUACAGUAUAGUUCUUUUUUCGCUUUAUGCAUUAAUAGUCACUGUUAUUUCUUUUUUUAUGUGUUUACCUUUUAAAGACGGAAUCAUUUCACCUCAAUUAGUGAGUAAAUUUUGUUUUAUUUGCCAAAUCAGUAUUACUAUCGCUAGUGAUAUCACAAAUUACUCUAACANGUCAAUUUUAUUACAUAUACACUGCCCCUUAAUAUUUAGUAUUCAUUUGCUAAAUAUUUAUCUACUUCUUACGCCGUAUUCACUCAUUUCACAAACAUGGAAGAUAAACUUGAUUCUCUAAUUAAAGCUGUAAAUGAUUUAAAAACUUCAAAUAAUAAAUUAGUGUCUUCAAUCAAUUCUCUAUUUGAUAAAGUAGCAACUAUAACAAAUAAAAUCAAUGGUCAUUCCGCACAAUUAAACACUUUAUCUUCUGAACUAGCCUCUUUAACAACUAAAGUGGAAACUCUUGAAGCUAAUAUCGCAUCGUCAAAUACAAAGUCAUCAAUCUUAAUUAACGACAAUCUAAUAUCUGAGAUGAUCGACAGACAAUCACGACGAAAUAAUGUUUUAUUCUUCAAUUUACCAGAAGCUCUUAAUGACUUAACCAACGCAAGCUCGGAUUCUACUUUUAUUCAAAAUAUACUUGAUUUUCUUAAUUUAAAAUCCAAAUCAAAUUCUGUCACUCGUCUGGGCAAACCUUCUUCUUCUAAUACUACCAAACCUCGACCAGUAAAAUUACGUUUUUCGGAUCAAAAAGAUAUUUUUGAAUUAUUCUCAUAUCAAAAUAAAUUAAAAUCAAACUCUACCUGGAAAGACCUUCGCUUCUCUUCUGACCGGACCAAACAGCAACAAGAAUACAUGUCACACCUUCGCCAAGAACUUCUAAACCGUCAAUCUAAUGGAGAACAGGACCUCAUCAUUAAAUACAUCAAAGGCACUCCAAAAAUUAUCAAUUCAAAAAACUAAUUUCCAUUCACAAUAUAUUCAACUGCUACUACCAAAAUGUAAGAGGUCUUAAUACUAAAUUAAAACUAUUAAAAACCAAUAUAGAUUUCUUAGAUUUUAAUAUUUUAGCUUUUACCGAAACCUGGUUACAUAAUAACGUUAGCUCACUCGAACUAGGUCUCGUAAACUACGAAAUUUAUAGAUAUGAUAGAUCUUUAUUAUCUAGCUCGUCGACCAGAGGAGGAGGUGUCUUAAUAGCAGUGAAUAAAAAAUGUAUCUCCUCACAAAUUGAUGUUGAUGUAAAAUCGCUAGAAUUAUGCUUUGUCUCUGUAAAAAUUAGUAACACUAAAAAUUUAAUCGUGGGUUGUAUCUACUUUCCACCAAAUUCUCCUUCUUCUUUGUAUAAUGAAUAUUUCUCUAUUUUAGAUAACCUAAUUUCUUCUCGCCCAAAUGAUGAUCUUCUACUUUUCGGUGAUUUUAAUUUGCCAAAUUUAAAUAAAGCAUCAUUAAAUGCUAACUUAAAUCUAUCCUCUCCUGAAGCUAUUUUUUUAGAAAACCUAUCAUUUCUUAAUCUUUUUCAAAUAAAUACAAUCUUCAAUAGUUAUGGUUCAAUACUGGAUCUUAUAUUAUCCAAUUCUAAUUCUCAUUCUAUAUCUUUAAAUAAGGAUUCUAUAGUUCCAGUAGAUAAUUAUCACCCUCUUAUUAAUGUCAGCUACUCUCAGCUCUACACUCCCUCUCCGCUAUCUUUUUCUGAAGAAACCUAUGACUGGUAUAAGGGAGAUUAUAUUAAUAUUUUAUCUUUCCUUGGUUCAAUAAACUGGAACGAAUUUUUCAAUAUUAGUAAUGAUAUUACAACCAU